ACACGUUCCACAGAAUCAACAUUUCCAAAGGUUUUGCAGUUACAGUCUCCAACGUUGGAUGCUUCCGACAACGAUGCUGUCCCUGAAACGUGUUUGAAUUUCUCUCUGUAAACAAAAAUGCGGAGGGUGUUUGGUAGAAUUGCUGGGUUGUUCAGCAAUCGAAAUUUUGAGGGAGUGGACAAAGCAGGGAACAAAUACUUCACCAGAAAGGAACAGAUUGAUGGUAGCAUGAAAGAGAAGAGAUGGGUGAUAUUUAAGGGAGAGGAGGAUCCUACAUCUAUUCCAGUUGAAUGGAUAUCUUGGCUGAAUGGGCAGCGUAAAAAGGCUCCAACUCCUGAGGAAAUGAUGGAGUUGGAAGCAAGACGUGAACAAGUCAGACAGAAUGUUGCUCUUCUCAAGAAAGAAGAAGAGGAAAGGAAAGCCAAAGAAGGAAGUACAGGCAAACGUGUCAGCACUGGAAAAGUUAGUGGUCCAGACUUGAAAAGUUUUGUUCAGCAACUACGAGACCCUUCAGAAGGUGUCAAGGUUGAAGAAUCAUCUGGUGCAAUGGAUGGCUUACGGGAUUCUCAAGACAACGCAGGUGAGAAAGAAAAAGUGGAACUUGAGUCUUCAGAGCCAACAGGAUCUGGUCCAUCUUUUAGACCAGGAACCUGGCAACCUCCAACUUGAGCUUUCAUUACAAUGAGGGAGCCUUGCUGACACCAAACUUGCGUCUUAGCCUCAUGCUCUGUUUUGAAAAGCCAUGCGUGAUGUCUUCAAGUUUUUUGGUAGAAUUCUAGUUCAUCGAUUAACAAAGAAUAUGACCACUAAGACAACCUGGUGCAUCAUGCAUUUACAGUGAUUCUUUCAAACACAAUUGGCAGUUAUGGCCAAGGAGAAAAAAUCUUCCCUUCAAACUUCAUUGGGGUUUGUAUCAAAUGUUGUUUGUGGUGGUUGAAAGCUAAAACAAACAGACUGACCUAGUUCUUUCCAAAUAAAAAUCUCUUACAUGGUUUUGAUGCA